AUGGACGACUCUGGGAAACCCGUUCGCAUCUGUGCUGCAUUUGUUGCGUUCUGCAGGAUGAUUUUGGACGUGGUGUUGUUCUGGAAGGUCAGACUCCUAUCGUGGCUGACAUCCGAUGCGAAGAAAAAACUUCGACAAGUGUUGGCUUCGGCGCAGGUUUAUGAAGAAUGGGAGGAAACUGCCCUGGAGUUGGACAAGUUGCUCAACUCGGAUGCAUGGCGUGACAACUAUGCAAGUCGCCACUAUGAUUAUCGGCUGAUUAAAGGCAGACUGGAAGCCCUAAGGACGGCCAAACGUAACAACGACAUCUUGAAUCUCGUCAACUUGCUUCGGUCGGGCCUGGUGCGGAAUCUGGGCAAUAUCACGUCGCCCAAGCUCUUCGUCCACGCCUACAUCGGCACAAAGCUCCUGAUCACCGAGUACGUCACCGAGGUCGCGCACGCCAUCCAACAUGUGACGGCCUUGGAGACGACCCCGAUCCACGAGAGCGGAUUCACGUCCCAAGCGAAACUGGAGUUGCUGCACGAUACUCGUCAAGCUUUCGGGCGAACGACGUUGAUUCUUCAGGGCGGUUCUGUUUUUGGAAUGUGCCAUCUAGGAGUGGUAAAGGCACUGCACCUGCAGGGCCUCCUGCCCAGGAUCAUCACCGGAACCGGCACGGGGGCCCUGAUCGCUGCUCUGGUUGGAAUUCACACUGAAGAUGAGUUACUGACGUUCCUCCACGGAGAUGGCAUAGAUUUAACCGCCUUUGACCGUCGUCGACGGAGAGAAGUAUCUGAAGGCCGCAGCCAGUGGCUGUGGCGACAAACCCAGGACGGCCGGUUGUGGACUCUUCUGCGUCGAAUCAAGCGGUUCGUUCAGAAAGGCCAUUUCUUCGAUUCGGGGGUGCUUGAGGAAUGUGUACGGGCGAAUCUCGGCGACCUGACAUUCGAAGAGGCGUACGCCCGGUCUAAGCACAUUCUGAAUAUUACGAUUGCCACGUCAAGCAAGACUGGGGCUCCGAAUUUAUUGAAUUAUUUGACAGCACCGAACGUUUUGAUAUGGUCUGCUGCCGUGGCUUCGAAUGUGUCCAGCAGUUCACUGUAUCAGCCAGUCACGAUCUACUGCAAGGAUGAAACCGGCUCCAUCGUGCCAUGGCCAUAUUCUCAAGACGUCACUUUCCAGCCCUGGCGGCACGUGCAGUACAACGAGGGCGAGUCACCUCUAUCCCGUAUCGCCGAGCUCUUCAACGUCAAUCACUUCAUUAUCUCGCAGGCGCGGCCGUACCUCGUUCCCUUCCUCAGCUCCGAAUCGGAACUUCUUGACCAGCGACCCGUGGGCCGGUGGAAUUUCACACGGACGCCGAUGCGCUUGGUCGUGGCGGAAUUCCGCCACCGACUGAAGCAGCUGAGUUUCCUCGGUCUUCUGCCCCAGUGGAUCGGCAGGCUCCUGAUCGAGGAAACAAUCCCGGGCCCCAGCUUGACGCUGGUCCCCGAUCUCUCCUGGGGAGACUUUACCAAGUUGUUCGAGAACCCGACCAAGGAGAGUCUGGACCACUGGAUCCUGAAAGGCGAGAAGGGACUGUGGCCGGCGGUGAGCGCCCUGUGGGUGCGAUGCGUGGUGGAGGUCGAGCUGGAUAAAGGGUACCAGGUUGUGCGGCGGCGACGGCCGUCCGAGACGUACCCAGCCGCCGGACCACGACGCAUGCCGAAUGAAGGGCUCCCUCGGAGGCGCAGAGGGUAUAGUAUUGACUACGGACGAGAUCCCGUGGCUGCGUUGGGCGCAAUGGAGUAUCAAGAGGAUGAUUCCAAUCCGUUAUAGCCACUUGAUUUAAACAUGUUUUGCUGAGUUGAUCAGGAUAAAAUUGGAGAGAAAUCUAUUCGGGACUAUUUUACUAUACGCGACACAGGUCUAUUUCUAGCCAUUGGUGUGAUUAAAUUGAGU